AUGUCUUUGAAUUCGCAGAAACCCCGUACAUCUCACCCCAACCUGAAGCGACCUCGCCAGGAGCCUGUCUCUUGUCAGUUUUGCCGCUCCAAGAAGCUCAAAUGUGACCGCCAGCAACCUUGUUCGAACUGUGUGACCAGAGGUCUGCCAUGCGAUGGUCAUGGCCAGCCACCCCACAAAGUUCCUGCUCAGGUUGAAGGACAGAAUGAUUCUAUUCUGGCUCGGUUGAAGCGGCUGGAGGAAAUCGUUUUGGGCCCAUCGGCGACCAACUCGAUCGGCGUCAACCAGAUCCCACAGCUCUCUUCAGGCCUCCCUCAAUCCAGGCCGACGACAUCACCGGUCACUUGUGCCACUCCUGCAUCAGAGUACGAAGAGGCCGUGCACACUUUGGAAAAUCUGGGCACCAGGGAAGGGCCAUGGUGCCCUCCCAGUUACACCGGACCCGUGUUUCGCAUAGCGUCGACGCACCAUAUUGCCAGCACCUAUGGCUUUACGCAAGGCCGAGCUAAUCAGACGCGGCAAGAAUCACGGUACUAUUUUCUCCCGCCACGGGACGAGGCCAUCGUCUUCAUGGACUUUUAUGCUUCGAACGUUUCCGACCUACAACACGUCAUAUAUAUUCCACGUGCGCGUGCAAUAAUGGACUCAUUGUAUCAAAAUCUUGAACAAGGUCUCUCGGUGGCCCACAGCGACGCUGCACUAAUGCUAAGCAUCUUCUCAAGCUCCGCAGCCAUCCUGGCCAGUGAGGUCGAUGAGCUGCAAUAUAUCUUCAAGAAUGUCGAUCCUAACCAAGCAGCCAUGUUCUGGGCGGACUGUGCCAUCGAACUGGUGGAUUUCUCGCGUCGGACGGGUUCGCCGGGUUUGGAAGACAUCCAGACCUCCAUUAUCGUGGGCUUCUUGCUGUACCACAUGGAAGGAUUCACCGGGAGGUGCCGAUUUCUGUUUGUGGGAGCGAUCGGUAUUGCUCGAGACAUGGGCAUGCACAGACUUGAUGCACCAACCAGCCAACCUCCGCAAGCUUGGGACAGUGCGGUUGCUCUGGAAAUGGAGAUCAAGCGACGCGUCUGGUGGCACGUAGUUGCAACUGAUUGGCUGAUUUCGCUGAAUGGAGGCCCUCAAGAGGGUACAUACCUGGUACAUCCGCGACAGAUGAUUGUGAAUCUACCACGGAACGUCGAUGACGAACACCUGGCCUACGACGGUCCUCCCAUCGACAUGCCUUUAUCAGAGCCCACAGCAAUGUCAUAUUACCUGCAGCGAAUCAAGCUCGCCGAUAUUUGUCGAAGCAUCGUGGAUGUGAUGCCUCUGUCCACCCCGUUGGUAACACAGGUGGACUACCAGGAGAUCAUCGCCUUGGACCGUAGAUUCGAGGCCUUUUUCGAAAAUCUUCCUAUCUUUCUGAGAACGGACGAGAAGAGUCGGCUCGCAAGUGCGGAAAUCCUGCGUCGAUACCCUCAUAUGAGGAUACAGCGAUAUACGCUGUCCACGGUUGGACUCAUCCGAAGGUGUAAAUUACAUCAACCUUUCCUCAUUCGUCGCUCGGCACAAGGCAAUUACUCGUAUUCUCGGAACGUCUCUUUGCAGUGCGCACGAUCUGUCAUUGCCUUGAAGAACCUGUUGGAUUCCGAGGAUGGGGGGACCAUUGUUGGGGCCUGUGUCAAACCCGGGAUCGUGGCUUACCACAUCUUCAUGGCAACCAUCGUUCUGGUGAUGGACCUUUGUUUCAAUCGGGAUGAGGGCGAUGACGCCGCCAGGAAAGCCGAGGUCCGUGAGGCCUGUAACGCUUUGGAAGAGUGUCUAUCCAGAUCGUCAUCCGGGACGUCCUUCCAACUCAUAAACUCGCUUAUGGACACUUUGCGCAAGCACAAAGUCAGGCUACACAAUCUCUCUGGUGAGGUAACGCAGCGAGUGGCAGCUCAAGAAUCCAUGCCGGUAUUCCAUACUUCAGGGUUGAAAGAUGCAUUGCCGCUCGUCAAGCAAAGUUCUGAGCAGCCUGCCAACGCAUGGUUUCAGGAUACCACGCAAAACACCUUCUCCGAUUUUGACGAAAUCUGGAAAGAAUAUGUGGAGAAUGGGCCGAAUAUGGAUAUGCCAGACUGGGACAGUCUCUUCAACGACCUUGACGCGAGAGUGUGCUGA